AUGUUCACCCCGAGAAAAAGCAGUCUGCCCUCCCCCAGCAUGGAGGACUCCUUCUUCCCUCUGUCCUCAUCUUCCUCAAUGUCUCUCUCCUUUGCGCUCCCUUCAUCUACCUCCUCUCCUGGCUGUCUCGAUGGCACAGGUGAGAUAGAGACGGAUCUGAUCCUGGCUGCGGAGUUGGGCCAGGCCUUACUGGAGAAGAAUGAGGAGCUUGCAGCCUCUCUGGAGCAGAGGGAGAGGGAGAUGGAGGUUUUACAGCAGGAGAAGCAUGUUCUUCAGAGGAGGCUGGAGAUGAAUGAAAUGGACUCUGGACAGAAAGAGGCAGAGCUGACGGCGGAUUUGUUCUCCCUGAGGGCCGAGGUGGAGCGCCAUCACAGCCAUGGAAGAGACCGCAGGAGAGACGAGAGUGAGCAACUGACUCAGUUGGCCAAUCACAACCAGCGAUUGGUGGAGCAGCUGGCAGAGGCGGUAACACUGGAGCAUUCCUUGCGGAUUGAGCUUCGUUCCCUCAGGGAAGAGAUGGAAGAAUCGUCUUUCAGCAGAAAUAUCAGCUUCUCACAGAUACAGAAUAUUCAAGCAGAGAAUCGAGUUUUGCUGGAGCGGCUGUCGUACAUGGAGGCACAACUCAAAGCCUCGCAGGAGGACGGCGAAAGACUCCGAGUGGAGAGAGAGGGACAGAGAGAGAGAAUAUCUGACCUGCAGAUGAAACUGAAGGACAAAGAGGCAGAGAUAGAGCAGGAGCAGGGCGUGGUGUUUGAGUUGCGUACCUUGAAUCGCUCUCUGCAGCAAAAAGCUCUGGGCCAGGGAGAGGACAGCUUCCUGGACAGUACUCACACACAACCUCUGUCUCUGCUUAGUGAGAUUCGGCAAUCACAGGCUAAAGAUGCUCUUCUAGCUCAUUCCACAGUCCUGCAAGCAAGAGACGAAGAGAUACAGACACUCAAAGAGGAGCUACAGUCUAAGCGAGAAGAGCUGGAGACUUUGAGGGAAGAAGUCAAGCAGUUCGGAGGCAGUAAAGAUAAGCCGAGCUAUAGUUCCUUGGAGAGUGAGUUGGUCACAGUGCGCCAGGAGAAAGAAUCCCUUACACAGCAGCUUCUCAACACCAUCAAACAAAAGGUGGCGCUGUCUCAGGAGCUGGAAGCCUGGCAGGAGGACAUGCGGUUGGUGAUCAAUCAGCAGGUGCAGCAACAGGAGGAGACGAGAGAGAGGAACAAAGAGCAGGAGAGAGAAAAGACAGUGGGACUCCAGAGAAGCAAAUCUCUGCGAGUGAAGGGAGAGGCGGGGAAGAGAUUCUUCUCCUUUUUCAAAGACAAAUAA